AUGGCUAGCAAGUCGGUGGAUGCUGUUGGAAGGCCGACUUGUGCUCAAUCUGUCUCUCUAUCCCUGUCAUCCCAAAACGAGAGUGAACGGGUCGCGGACCGGGGCGUCACUAACAAUAUGUUGGCCAAUCAUAGCACAUCUGACCCCAAUUUUGGGACUGGAGGGCCCUGCACGGGUUUCCUGGCAUAUGGGCUGGUGGAGAUGCCCGAAUCGUCGGUGGGCGUUAGCACCAUGACCCAUGCAAUGUCGGAAUGGAGCCGGUCAAUGAGACGGAGGAAGGGCAGCCAUCAAGGUGUUUGUCACAUCCUCGGCCUCAACGGACAUGGAAAAGGCGAGUCUUGUUGCCUAGAUGAUGAAAUCGCGCAGUACACGCUACCUAAGCUUCCCUACGCUUACGAUGCUCUCGAGCCUCACAUCUCACCUCAAAUCAUGGAGCUACAUCACAGCAAACAUCACCAAACAUACGUCACGAACUUGAAUAAAGCCAUAGAGACCUACAACGCGAACCCUCUCCAAAGUCGAUUCACGGUCCUCGCAGCCCUCAACUUUCACGGCGGUGGCCACAUCAACCACUCUCUCUUCUGGGAGAACCUCUCCCCAGCUUCAAGCCCGGAUGCUUCGCCUGAUGCGGCACCGAAGCUGAUCGCCGAGGUUACUCGUAUCUGGGGUAGCCUUGAUCAAUUCAAAGCGGCCUUUAAUGCCGCUCUGCUUGGUAUCACCGGCAGCGGCUGGGGUUGGCUGGUCAAGGACGAUGUCACAGGCCUCAGCAUCGUUACCACCAAGGACCAGGACCCCGUCACCAAGGGUGUGCCCAUCUUUGGUGUCGACAUGUGGGAGCACGCGUACUACCUACAGUAUCUUAAUGGAAAGGCGGCAUACGUGGAGAAUAUCUGGAACGUCAUUAACUGGAAGACCUCAGAGCUCAGGCGGUCCUCUGAGAACAUUGUUUGCUCGCAAGACGAAGAGGCGAGGGUACUCUCCCAGGGUGCAGUGCGAGACAGUUGCAUCACGCACUUGAUCAUUCAUCUAUUCCAGCGGGACCUGCCACAACCAAAUCAAGCGGCUGGGCGUGCCGAGGAGAAUUGA